CUCACCAACUCAUUUCCAGAAAAUGUGGGUGAGUACAUGAGAGCUUAUAAAUCAGUGCAGUCGACAGUUGACUGUAAAGAAGAUAACCAUAAAGACAUGAGGAGGCAAAAAGGAAUCUGACAAAGAAAACAUUCCAUCCGUUUAAAAGAGAACUGGGAAACGCUUGUGUGUAAUAGGGAGAGCAAAGCACCGAUAUCACUGACAAAACAUCUUCUAAUUCAAGGAGUCAAUGGAUCUGGGGUGGUACAUGAUUAUUGGCAUGUGUGCCAUGAAUGCAAUUGCCUCUGCAUGUCCAGAGAACUGCCAGUGUGAAGAAAGCAAAAUCAUUUGCAAAGGCUUUAUAAUAAAAGAAUUUCCUCCCUCCAUUCCACCAACCACCAAAUUGAUCUUCAUCUCCAACACCAGCAUAGAAUCAUUAAAACCAGCUGAUUUUGAGAUUUUCGCUGAGAGCCUCACUGUGUUUGUAGCCAAGGACUCCAGAAUAGCUGUGGUGGAACCUCAUUCAUUUGACCAAACCCGAAAUCUCAUCGCCUUAGGUUUCAUUGGAACAAUGCUAACCUCUCUGCCACAGGAUCUGUUUCAGAAUCUAAAAGCAUUAUCAAAUCUAACGCUGAGUAACAACAAACUAGAAGUUCUCCAACCAUCUCUUCUCACCCCUCUUAAAGAUUUGAACACAUUAGACCUAAGCAGAAAUCUUCUAACCUCUCUGCCGGAAGAUGCUUUUCGGGGUUUAGAAAAGCUGGAACAACUCAUGUUGCAGAGAAACUCAAUCAGAAAGCUUUACAGCAGUUCUUUUCAAGGCCUCAAUCAUCUCAAAGCCCUAAUCCUGCAACAGAAUCAUUUAACAGAUAUACCAGCAGCCAUCUUUGAUGACCUGGUGAACCUUGAGACAUUGCAUCUUCAAGACAACAAAAUCACACAGUUACCAGCUAAUCUUUUUUCAAACUUGCCAAAGCUGAAGAAACUCUACCUCUCCAACAAUAGGUUAACAUCGCUUCCCAGUGCAAUUUUUUUUAAUCUUCCCAAUCUUACUCAUAUAUCACUGUACAAGAACCAACUCAGUAGGUUAAUGCCUGGGACUUUUGGGCCAAUGGCCCUCCAGGAGAUCUGGCUAUACGACAACAUGUUAACCUACCUCGAGGAGAAUGUGUUUAGCAAUUUAACUGAGAUUCGCCUUUUGGUGCUUAGUAGGAACCAGAUUCAGCACAUUUCUCCGGGUGCUUUCAAUGGCUUGAUGAACCUAGAGGAGAUCUCUCUCCACACUAAUCGAAUGACCAAUAUCGAGGAGGGAAUAUUCAAAGGUCUUCCAAAGUUAGUUAACAUAUCUUUAGAGAAUAAUCAAAUACAGCACAUAACCAUAAAACUCUUGGAUGGUGUGUCCCAUUUACAUCUCCUGGAGCUUCAAAACAAUUCUUUACCAAACUUGCCUAAAGAAUUUCUAAACUCUUUGUCUAUAGUUAAUAAUAUUAUAGUUUAUCAGAAUCCCUGGAAGUGUGACCAUGACAUAAUACCUUUUCAGGACUGGCUUGGAGAGUAUCCAGAGAAAGUAAAGAACCUUACUUCUCUGAUGUGCUAUACUCCUCCAGCCCUGAAUGGUAGAAAUAUAAGAGAGCUGAAGGAAGAGGACAUAAGUGGAGGUAAUGCUGUGGGUCAAGGUCUGUCCAAAGACAAACUCAUUAUCAUUGUAGCCAUUGUCUUUACUGCUGUCAUUGUCGGUAUCAUUGCCUGUGUGUUAUGGAGGAGGAAUAAGCGAGGAAGUCAAGACUUGGAACAUCAAAGAAAAACAAACUCAGUUAUCUAAAAUUACUAUUGUUACUACUAUGUUCAAUUUCAAUUUCAAUUAUUUUUUUUUAAACAGUCUCUAGCUGAUUUAUAGAGAACAUUCUUUAUUUGGCAAAUUCAUUUUAGUGAACGUUUGUUAUGGAUACUUUCUUUCUUUCUUUCUUUCUUUCUUUCUUUC